AAGAAGAAUUCAUGUGAAUAUGGAUUUGAGAACGAUCUGAAUCUUCUUGAAUAUGCAUAUGAACUCUGGCAAAAAGGCAACGGAGUGGAUUUUAUUGAUCCGUCACUGCACGAUGAUUUUCUUAUAGGUAAACAACUGAGAUACAUGAAAGUUGCACUGUUGUGUGUCCAAGAAAAAUGGGAAGACCGACCAUCGAUGUUGGAGGUAUACUCCAUGCUCAAAAAUGAAACUGAAGUCUUGCCAAAUCCUAAAGUUCCUGCCUUUUCCAAGAACAAAGACAGUACCACACAAGAAACUUCGGUCAUACUUGAUAUACCUUGUUCAGAUAGUAGUCUCACUAUUUCCGAACUUAUAGGUCGUUAACACUUCAAAGUUUUGGAAAUUAAUUUCAUCCAUGAUAGGUUUUUUUCGUCUAUGUUUCCUUACUUGAUCAGCCAGCCACACUUAGCAACUUCUUUCAUAGUUUUCUGUGAUGAAGGAAAGUUGUUUAAGUAGUGAAUUGGAGUAUGAUGAUUGUGGAGUCAUGAAUGAUUAUGCAGUACAAUGACAACAACAACAACAAAUCCAGUGUAUAAUCCUACAAGCGUGGUACAGGAAGGGUGGUUUGUACGCAGACCUUGCUGUUUGUACUCUCUCUCUAUAUAGUGCAUACACUAAGGGCAUAUAAAGACAAAUAUAAACGAAUAAAGGGUGGCUCGUGUAUUCCCAUUCACAGGUGGAGAGAGCGAUGCAGAGGGUAUAGGACAAGGGUCAUCUACAAUGGAACUCUUUUGUAGUAUUACUAUCGCUCUACGCCAGUGUUGUCAAAUGCACGCUUAAGCCCAGACGCAAGGCUCAAAACACGUUGAGUGCUUCGUCUCGCUUAAUGAGCUCUUCAGUGCCAUCAUCGAGGUUCUAAGACAUAAUUUUCCUUUGCUAAUGUGCCUCUUCUAAAGAGGCAAGCAUUAAACAAUUGAUAUUUCAUUUUAAUGUAAUUAUUUUUCAAUUUCCUUGUACAUACAUUUGUCAUUCAUGCUUAUAAUUAUUAAUAAUCUUGAACUAAA